AGUAUGCACUUUCAACGAUUUCAUUUGAUCACUAGAUUCUUGGAUUCUCCUUCUCUCAGAUAUUAUAGUUUUAUUCAGUUUAUUGAUUUUUGAAAACCUGUAUUUCCAAUUUAAUUUUACAUAGAGAAAAAUGGAGUCAAUAUCUAUAUGGAGUAUAUUGGUAUCAUUCAUACCAUACUUGCUAUGUAUCGUAUCUUUCUUCAUAUUCAUAGAACAGAUCUCAUAUAUAAAGAAGAAGAAAUCAUCACCAGGUCCAAUACUAAUCUUACCUUUCUUAGGUAAUGUAAUUCAACUUAUUAGAAACCCAACACAAUUCUGGGAAGACGCGGCUAAAGCAGCAAAAGAAUCGAAUAUGGGUUUCUCAACAAAUUAUAUUAUGGGUCACUUCAUCAUUUUCAUUCAAAACUCUGAGCUUUCUCAUAAAGUCUUUUCCAAUGUUCGUCCUGAUGCAUUUCAUUUCGUUGGUCAUCCUUUUGGGAAAAAAUUGUUUGGUGAACACAAUCUAAUUUACUUGUCAGGUCAAGAACAUAAAGAUCUUCGCGGACGAAUUGCUCCAAAUUUUACUCCUAACGCUUUAUCUAUUUAUCUAUCUCUACAACAAAAUAUAAUACUUCAGCAUUUGACAAAAUGGGUAAAUUUAUCAAUCCAAAAUGGUAAUAAACCAUUAGCGUUGCGGUUUCUAUGUCGCGACAUGAAUCUUGAUACUUCUCAAUCCGUAUUUGUUGGUCCUUAUUUGAACGAGAAAUCUCGUGAGGAAUUCAACGUAGAUUAUAAUCUGUUCAAUGAGGGAACAUUAACAUUACCAAUAGACUUACCUGGGUUUGGAUUCCAAAAAGCUCGGCUUGCAGUUACUCGGUUAGUGGAGACACUUACUAAUUGUGUGAAACAGAGUAAAACGAAAUUACAAUCAGGGAAAGAACCAGUUUGCUUGAUCGAUUUUUGGAUGCAGCAAGUCUUAAGAGAAAUUCAAGAAAAUGGGUCUGAUUCAAAUGGAGUGCCACAUUCAAGCGAUGUCGAAAUUGGUGGACAUCUAUUCGAUUUCCUUUAUGCAGCUCAAGAUGCUUCAACUUCAUCACUACUAUGGGCAGUGAUAUUAUUAGAGAAAAACCCAGAAAUUUUAUCGAAAGUUCGCCAAGAAGUGAGCCGAAUAUGGUCCGCGGAGUCUGGCAAACUAAUAACGGCUGAAAACUUGAGAGAAAUGAAAUAUACUGAAGCAGUAGCUAGAGAGGUAAUCCGAUACAGAGCUCCAGCACCAUUAGUACCUCAUAUUGCUGGAGAAGAUUUUCAAUUGACAGAAUCUUACACAAUUCCUAAAGGCACCAUGGUAUUUCCUUCAGUUUUUGAAUCAUCGUUUCAAGGUUUUACUGAACCGGAACUCUUCGAUCCAGACCGGUUUUCUGAAAAUCGCCAAGAAGAUCAAAUCUAUAAGAGAAAUUUCUUGGUGUUCGGUGCUGGCCCUCAUCAAUGUGUUGGACAAAGAUACGCCGUUAAUCAGUUGGUUUUGUUCAUUGCAGUAUUCACAUCAUUACUAGAUUUUAAGAGAUAUAGAACAGAGGGAUGCGAUGAUCUUGUUUACGUACCUACAAUUUGUCCUAAAGAUGAUUGUUUGGUGUAUUUGUCCAAACGUUGAGCAAAUUAUCGGUCCUUCGCACCGCCCCGACUGUUGGGUCCGUCGCGACAGUUACUCAUGUGUGAGAUAGAUGUCUGCUAUAAGAACUUACGUGUGUGGUGUGUGCGUUAUGUGUAGUUAGCAUGAAUAAUGUUUGAGAUGUCUGUCUGUCAUCACGUGUUCGUUUCACAUGUUUGGGGAACGUAUAUGUAGUAAUGUUCUAUCUGUAUUAAUUUCAUUACGAAUAAUAUAUUCUAAGAAUUUAAA